UCAGUCCCUCUUCUUCAUUUACAUUAGCUUGACAGGCUGGUCCGUCCAUAUAAGCUAGCCAUUUGUUUAUGUUUACAGCAGCUUAAUAAAUAAAAUUGUUGCAAAAAUGUCCGGCAGUGCAGGAGAGUGGUGUCUGAUGGAGAGUGACCCGGGGGUGUUUACAGAGCUGAUAAAAGGUUUUGGCUGCAAAGGAGCCCAGGUAGAGGAGAUAUGGAGUAUGGAGCCAGAGAACUUUGAAAACCUUAAACCAGUUCAUGGUUUGAUAUUCCUGUUCAAGUGGCAGCCUGGCGAAGAGCCAGCAGGGUCAAUCGUUCAGGAUUCAAGGCUGGAUCAAAUCUUCUUUGCAAAACAGGUUAUUAACAACGCCUGUGCAACACAGGCAAUCGUCAGUGUUCUACUCAACUGUUCCCAUUCUGACAUGUUGCUUGGAGACACGCUGACAGAGUUCAGAGAGUUUUCACAGAGUUUCGACGCUGCUAUGAAGGGUUUGGCCCUUAGUAACUCUGAAGUAAUUCGACAAGUUCACAAUGGUUUUGCCAGACAACAAAUGUUUGAAUUUGAUGCAAAGUCAUCAGCGAAGGACGAGGACGCCUUUCAUUUUGUGAGCUAUGUUCCUGUAAAUGGCAGACUAUACGAGCUGGACGGACUUCGGGAGGGACCAAUAGACCUGGGUACAUGCAACCAGGAUGAUUGGAUCAGUGCUGUCCGUCCAGUGAUUGAGAAAAGAAUACAGAAGUACAGUGAAGGAGAAAUCAGAUUCAACCUUAUGGCCAUUGUGUCUGACAGAAAAAUGAUAUAUGAGAGAAAAAUUGCAAUGCUCCAGACUCAGCUGACAGAGGAUGAGCCGAUGGACACGGAUCAGAGCAGCACGUUUCUAAGUUCCAUCCAGUCAGAAAUCGCCAAGUACCAGCUUCUUAUUGACGAAGAAAAUCAGAAACUUAAACGAUAUAAAAUUGAGAACAUUAGACGAAAGCACAACUACCUUCCUUUCAUCAUGGAGUUACUGAAGACACUGGCAGAAUAUCAACAGUUGAUACCACUGGUGGAGAAGGCCAAGGAGAAGCAGAGUGCCAAAAAAGCCCAGGAGGCCAAGUAAACAUCCAACCAGUCGGACAGAGAAGCCUCUAAAUACGAUCACAAUCAUAGGCACGGUCACUGUCAUCAGUGAGACACAAACCAAUCACAUACAUCGUCUGUCAUAAUCAUAUUAGUGACCGCAGAUGGUCUGCAGCAGCACUGUCGCGUCCUGUGAGCCUUACAGACUGUAAGGAGUGUAUGACGGUUGUAGCAGAGACUCUCUUUCUUUCUCUCUCUCUGUCUCUGUCUCACAUCCACCUACCCACCAUGUGUGUCCAGCUAUGUUGCAUGAUAGAAGGAAAAUGCUUAAAUAAUGUCUGUCUUAUUUUCAUAAUAAAAUGUUUAGAUGUUAA